AUGCCGUUAAUAAUCCUUACCGGGUAUCCUACUUCUGGGAAAACGCACCGCGCGCAACAGUUGCAAAACUACCUUUUAACGCGCAUUUCCUCCCUCCCAGACCCCGCCUCACUACGCGUCCAUCUCAUAUCCGACCACACGCUCUCAAUCCCACGCAGCGUCUACAACCUCGAAGCAAAGUCCCAGCACGAGCGCUCAAACAAUGCGUCCGAAAAGGAUGCGCGAGCUACGAUAUAUGCGGCAGUAAAAAGAGUGCUAAGCAAUAAAGACAUAGUGAUUCUGGAUGGAGCAAACUAUAUCAAGGGAUGGCGAUACCAGCUGUACUGCGACGCCAAGGCUGUUCGAACGCCGCAUUGCGUGGUGCACGUUGGGACGCCUGUGACUCAAGCUAGAGGCAUUAAUGCUGAACGAUUAGCUGCGAGUACCGAGGGAAAAGGGGAAGAGGAACAGCCGUAUGAGAGCGAGUGCUGGGAGAACCUGGUGUAUAGAUAUGAGGAGCCGAACGCAAUGGCUAGGUGGGAUAGUCCGCUCUUUACGGUGCUGUGGGAUGAUGAUGGGCCGCCUUUUGGAGCCAUUUGGGAGGCUCUGGUUGGGAGCGAGACAGAGGGUAAUAGGAAGGUUGUCAAGCCAAACAUGGCGACAGUGUUGAAGGCGCCGAGCAGUGAGGAUUAUCUUUAUGAGUUGGAUAAGAGUACUCAGAGGAUACUCAAUAGGAUAUUAGACUGGGCGAAAGACCAUCCCGGGGAAGGAGGUGGGGAGGUCAGCGUUGGUGAGGGUGGUGUUGAGGGGUUGCUGGUUGAGUUACCCGCGAGUCCUGUGGGCUUGCCCGCACUUCAGAGGAUUAGGAGGCAGUUCAUUAGUUUGAACAGACAGAACUCUGUAUCCGUGCAGAGGAUCAGGGAGAGUUUCGUGGCUUAUUUGAACGAUUCCUUUCAAGCGGCAUAG